AUGGGGGCAGUGGCCGAGGCAGUGGAUCGAGUAGCAGUUAAGGGCGCGUUUGGUUGCCUACAUCCCCCUUGGCUCGCAUCGGGCCAAUUUGAUGCUAAAAGUAUGCUCGAGAGGCUACGAAACAAAAGAGUGGUAUUCGCUGGUGAUUCAAUUGGCAGGAACCAAUGGGAAUCCCUGCUUUGUAUGCUCGCUACCGGCGUUUCAAAUAAGAGCUCUAUCUACGAGAUUAAUGGCAAUCCCAUCACAAAGCACAAGGGUUUCUUGAUAUUCAAGUUUACGGACUACAAUUGCACCGUGGAGUAUUACAGAUCUCCUUUUCUAGUCCCUCAAGGUCAUGCACCAGCUGGAACCCCCAUAAUUCUUAAUAGUACAAUCAGGGUGGAUGUCAUGGAUUGGAUGUCGGAGUAUAACCGGGGUAAGUGGAGUGAUGCUGAUCUCUUAAUCUUCAACUCGGGGCAUUGGUGGUUGUACGGUAAAACAAUCGGAAGCGGUAACUUAUUUCAAGAAGGGGAUGAGGUGAAGAUGGACAUGACUGUCAGCGAUGCAUACAUAAGGUCAAUACAGACACUGUCCGACUGGCUUCACAGAGAAAUUAACACGAGCAAGACGCAUGCCAUUUUCCGUACAUAUUCUCCCACGCACUUCAGCGGCGGUGACUGGAGUACCGGAGGGACUUGUCAGUUGGAUAACCUUCCGGAUAUGACGCCGUUUAAAUCGUUGGAGCAAUGGGCUGACAUGCUUAAACCCGUGAACGAUGUUCUAGGCAGCAACUUCAGGCCCAAGCUGACUGGGUUAGAAAUAUUGAAUGUAACGAGGAUGACGGCCCAACGAAGGGAUGGUCACCCCUCAUUGUUCAUCAGUCCUUCAGGUUCAAGUCAAAAGCUCAGCAGCACACCGACAGAAACCGAAGUGGAGGAUUGCAGCCACUGGUGCUUGCCGGGUGUCCCUGACACCUGGAAUGAACUUCUAUACGCCCUCUUCAUGAAACCACAAAUAACGUGAAGUGAGCAUUGAACAUAGCCACGCAAAGUAUAGUUCAUAUAUAUCUAGUUGACGUUCUCUUGUUGAUGAGCGGAUUUAAUGCAGCAGGUUAUGCCGACAAACAUUAGUUGUUGAUGGAAAUGGCGGUGGUGGCGCAGUGGAGUAGCAGUUAAGAGUACUAAUAGAAUUUAGUGGAGUUGCAUAACAAGAUAGCAUCAUCGACAAGUAAUAUGGAGUAGAGGGAGAAUUAAUUAUUUUUCAACUUGGAUGGGUGGUCAUGAGACCGCCCAUACCACCCUCUGUGGGCCC